AUGGAAGCCUGGUUCCGAGCCUACGCUCCGUACGUUUAUCUCCACCCUGACGAUAAAUACCUCCCCUCUUCGGUGGAUUGGUUUUUCAGCAACGGCGCAUUGCUCUACAACAGAGAGGACGAGUCUAAGCCCGUCCGGAUUGAGCCGGGUGGCGCGAACCUCCCUAAGGGAGAAGAUCCGGAUGACGGCUUGUACUGGCUUGACCUCCCGAAUGAGAAGGAAGCCCAGGAUAAGGUUAGACACGGGGAUAUAGCUAGCGCGGAGGCGUACGUCCACUUCAAACCGGCCGUUCUCAACGGGACAUUCACAGAUAUUCAGGUGUGGAUGUUUUAUCCUUACAACGGCCAUGCGACUGCGAAAGUAGGGUUUAUUAACAAAGUGCCGUUGGGUAAAAUCGGCGAGCACGUGGGGGACUGGGAGCACGUGACGCUGAGAGUGAGAAACGUGGAUGGGGUUCUUGACAGAGUGUAUUUCUCCCAACACAGUGGGGGGAAAUGGGUUAAUGCUUCUCAGCUGCAGUUUCAAAAUCAAACGGAGAAAAGGUUUGCAUGGUAUUCUUCGAGGAACGGGCACGCUGGGAAUAACGAGGAGGGGCUGUUUCUGCAGGGCCCCGGCGGGAAUGAUGUCGGGAUUAGGAAUGAUUGGGCCAAGAGCGACAAGGUGGUGGAUACGGGGGCGAGGUUCGUGGUGGUGGCGUCGGAGGGGGAGGGCGUGGAGGAGCCGCCGUGGUUGAACUAUGAGAGGAAGUGGGGGCCCACGGUGCAGUAUGAUAUGGCAGAGGAGGUGAGGAACACGAGGAAGUUGCUGCCGGGGAAGUUGAAGGACACGUUGGAUAAAGUGGUGAAGGUAAUUGAUCAAGUUUUUGGGAAAGAUGGGCCCACCGGACCCAAGUCCAAAGCUUAUUGGACUGGCGACGAAGUAUAG